AUGGAGCCCAACUGCUCCUGCAUCACCAGUGACUCCAACUGUGCCAGCUCCUGCAUGUGCAUGUCCUGCAGGAAGAGCUGCUGCCCCGUGGGCUGUGCCCAGUGUGCCCAGGGCUGCAUCUGCAAAGGGGCAUCAAACAAAUGCAGCUGCUGCACCCCUGAGAGCCUGGCUCCCACAUGCAAAUAG